UUCUAACUAAGUACCGUUAGGUUUUCUGAAGCUCUGCUAGUAAUCCUAAAUGGCGGCAUGACCCAAUAAAUCCCCGAAGAAGAACUCUAGAGACGGACCAAAGCAUCAGAGCUUCAAGAAAACCUCAAAGAUCAAGCACGAGUCUAAAGAGGCUAAUGGGCGGAAGGUCUUAACAGUGGUAAUGGAAGACGAUGCUCCAAACUUUCCUCGAGGCGGAAAAAGUGCUCUGAGUAGACAGGAAGAGGAUGAAGUUCGUGCCGAAGUUGAUGCUGAAUUCGAAGCAGAGGAGAGGGAGUUGAAGAAAAUGAGGAAGACGAAACAGAAAAAUAGUUAUGCUAUGGAGGAAGAUUUGGGAUCACUUUUCGGUGGUGGUGGUACUACAGGGAAGCUACCUAGAUUUGUGAAUAAGAUCACUUUGAAGAAUGUUUCUCCUGGAAUGAAGUUGUGGGGAGUCAUAUGUGAAGUCAACCAGCAAGAUCUUGUAGUCACUCUUUCAGGGGGACUACGAGGAUUAGUUCGUGCAAAUGAAGCUUCUGAUCUUUUUUCAGAGAAUGAAGAUAAGGUGAAUGUUUCUCCUGGAAUGAAGUUGUGGGGAGUCAUAUGUGAAGUCAACCAGCAAGAUCUUGUAGUCACUCUUCCAGGGGGACUACGAGGAUUAGUUCGUGCAAAUGAAGCUUCUGAUCUUUUUUCAGAGAAUGAAGAUAAGGUGGUACAUUCUGUUUAA